AUGUCGCCGCGCUAUCUUGUCCUCGUUCGCCACGGCGAGUCCUCCUGGAACAAGGAAAACCGCUUCACUGGCUGGACUGACGUCCCCUUGUCAGAGAAUGGCUUGAAGGAGGCACGAGAGGCGGGGGAUAUGAUCCGUGAAAAGGGGCUUAAAUUUGACGUCGCCUACACCAGCGUUCUGAAGAGGGCUGUCGAGACAUGCUGGACGGUCUUGAUGCACUCGAAUCAGUGCUACCUGCCCAUCAAGAACACCUGGAGGCUCAAUGAACGCCACUAUGGUGCUCUUCAGGGCUUAAACAAAGCAGAGACUGCAGCUAAGCACGGAGAAGAUCAGGUGAAGGUGUGGCGUCGCUCAUAUGCUGUCCCUCCUCCACCUCUAGAGGCUGACGACAAGCGCAACGCGAAAUUCGAAGAAAAAUAUAAAAACCUCCCUGAAGAAGUCCUCCCCCGCACCGAGUGCCUUAAGGACACUGUUGAGCGCGUGCUCCCUUACUACUUUGAUGAGAUUGCGCCGGCGCUCUUGGCAGGAAAGAAGGUGUUGGUGGUUGCUCACGGCAACAGCCUGAGGGGUUUGGUGAAGCACCUCGACAAGAUGUCUGAGGAAGAUGUUCUGGAGUUGAAUAUCCCCACCGCUGUGCCUCUUGUGUAUGAGUUGGAUGAGAAUCUGAAGCCCAUUAAGAAGUACUAUCUCCUUGAUGAGGCUGAAGUUCAGAAGCGGAUUGCGGCUGUGGCGAACCAGGGGAAGGCUAAGUAA